UCAUAGGCCGUGUAAAGGUCGUGUUUUGGAUUCAUUUUCCUAUCAUAAACAAUGGCCUCUAUAAGUUGGUUAACGUGUAGGCGACUCGUUUCUCCGUUCGCCCAAAUUCUGCGGCGGCCGGUAUCACAGUAUGUUUGGGCUCCGGCACGCUCCGUUCACCGGUCGAGUGCGCGCCGCGCGGUGGAGAAAAACCCGCUCAGCCGAGCACGAGCACCGGAGCAGCAAUACCUCACUGAGCUGGAUAAAGCCGAUGCGCUGAUGCUGCGGAAGUCUCAUGAAACAGGGUUUUUAUCGUGGUUCAGGAAUGGUUUGCUGGCGACAGGGAUUGGAGUUAUAGCCUUUGUACAGAGUGAUGUGGGCAGAGAGGCUGGAUAUGCGUUCUUCAUCCUGGGCGGAGUGUGCGUGUCAUUCGGCGGUGCAUCAUACGUGGGCAGUCUUCUGUCUUUGCGGAGGAUAAUGCUUCUCUCGGUACCUGCCAUCCUGCUUCACACAGCUGUGGUUUCCAGCGUCGCCCUCUUCUGGCUCUGUGCGGUAUCGCUGUAUAUCGGCCGCCUGGAGGUGGAGAUUAUUCAUGAUGACGAUGAGGAGGAGCAGGGGGGAAUUGAAGGCGAGGAGUGCGCCGACUGCAAGGCCCGACGCGAAAGACGUGGCGCUGAAGAGAAAGGCCAGGAGAAGUGAGACAAGAACUUAAAUCACUGACCGAGGACCAGAACUCUUUAUUUAUAGGCUGUUAAAACUGCUUUACUAGAAAAGAAGAAACCGGUCUCAGGUCAGCGUAGAGUGCUGGCUUGCCUUCCACCAACAUUACUUUAUUGGUUUCAGUGAGAUUUGGUGAUUAUUAUUAUUAUUAAACAUGAGCUAUUAAACAUAUGCUGUCCCAUUGGUUUUAAAGGGUGAGUGCCAUACAUGUAUAUUUUUGUUGUAAUAUUAUUCUCUGGUUGUGAGAUAUGAGUGUUUAAACAUGAAACGUUUAAUCUACAGUAUAGCUGAGCGCUCAUGUAUGACAAUCAGGUUUAGCAUCAGUUUUGGUUGUAAGAUGCUCACAGUUAUAGUGACAAAUAACUUUGAUAUUAAACUAAUAGUUUAGCCAAAAUUGAACAAUUCUGUUGUGAUUGAUUUAUUUCAAGGAUUUACCAAGCUGAUCUUUUCUAUACAGUGAAAGUCAAUACAGCUAUGGUCACAAUUAGCUUUCAUUGUAUGGAGAAAUUAAGCAUCUUGGUUUGUGAAAACAUUGUCAUUGUUGGUUAAACUGUUUCUUUGUCAUAAAUCCUGUUUGUUUAAACAUUCUUUAUGUGUUUAAGCCCUGCUCAGGUUUCGAAGAUUCAAUUUUAAGUGAUUCGCUCAUGUCUGUCACAAUUCAUUUCAGAUAUUUUACUCUAUUGAACGCAGUCUGACUCGAUAACAUCACGCCAUCAAGAGUUGAUUAGAAGAGGCGUAUUCUCCAUUGAACUCUUUUCAGUGGUUAGAUUAGAAAUCCUGACAUCUUCAUCUCAUAUGUCGUCAUUUACUUUUAAAGGGGUAUUGACGCAUAAAAAUGUGUUCAUUUAUCAUGCAUGAUUCCAAAUUGUACAUGUUUCUUGUACUGUUUUUGUUUUUCAGCUUUUGUUUUAAUGCAUAAUGAUUUGAGAGAUAGGCAUGCAUGUGUGUACAGUACGAGGCCACACAUGUGUAUAUAGACUCACUCUAUGAGAGUGUUUGGUUGGAGUGUUUCUACUCCUCUGUAUGUUUACGUUUAAUGAUCGCACAUUGCUUUGAUUUCUUUAAAUCUGUUUUUUUUUUUUUUACAAACUAUGCUGGAAUACAAUACAAGCCAUGUUCCUUUUUUCAGUUUAAACUGUUGUCAAAUACAUAUAUUAAAUUGC